AUGAGCAGAAGUCGAAAUUACAGUGCUAUCAAAAGGCAGUGCGAAAUCACCGGCAAACUGUGGGAAGAUCCGGAUUUUCCUGCUGCCGAUCAGUCGCUUUUCUACAGCAAGAAACUUCACAAGAAGUUUGUGUGGAAAAGGCCAAAGGAAAUUAAUGUCAACGCAAAGUUUGUGGAACGCGGGUUCGAGCGAUUCGACAUCAAACAGGGGGAACUCGGGGACUGUUGGCUUCUUGCCGCCGUUGCGAACCUGACGCUAUACGAAGAACUGUUAUUCACAGUGGUUCCAAGAUAUCAAAGUUUCGGCGAAGGAUACUGUGGAAUUUUCUACUUCAACUUCUGGCAGUACGGCGAAUGGGUUGAGGUGUGCGUCGACGACCGGCUGCCAACGGUCAACGGAGAGCUGGUUUUCAUGCACUCGGCGGAAGGAAACGAGUUUUGGUCGGCUCUCCUGGAGAAGGCCUAUGCGAAACUGUGCGGUUCGUACGAAAAUCUGCAGACAGGAUCGGCCUCCGAGUCGAUGGAGGACUUUACCGGUGGCAUCGCCGAAAGGUUCGACCUUCGAGACCCAAAACAAGCGUCGGAGAUCACGUUCAUGGACAUCGUACGAGCCGUUGAAAGUCGAUCCUUGUUGUGCUGCUCAAUUGAUGUAUGGCAGAGAGUGCUAUUCGUCGGCCUUGUGAAGGGACAUGAAUACAGUAUAACGGCAGUUAAGAGGGUUAACAUGCCUUGGAGUCUUGGCUCCAAAGUUGUCGAGUUGAUUAGACUGAGAAACCCGUGGGGAGAGGAAACGGAAUGGAACGGUCCUUGGAGCGACAGGUCAAAGGAAUGGAACUGGCUGACCGAGCAACAGAAGAAAGACCUUGACCUCACCUUUGCAUCCGACGGUGAAUUUUGGAUGACUUUUGGGGACUUCAAACGUUACUUCGAGAGACUAGAGAUUUGUCACGUUUGUCAUUUUAACGACGAUAACUCGACUGCUGAUCCAGCAUCUGUCAGAGGCAAGUGCGACGAACUGUGUGAACGUUGGCGACAGCAGAGCUUCAACGGUUCUUGGAUAAAAGGAAAGACGGCCGGUGGAUGUGGAAAAGAUUUGAUUACACAAUGUUUGCUACUAUUUCUAGAAUCCUUUGCACGUAACCCCCAAUUCCAGUUUAGCGUCACCCGGUCAGAGUGUACCGCCGAAAACGAUUGUUCCAACUGUAUCAUUGCCUUGAUGCAGAAAUAUCGACGGCGACAACACGCAGAAAGCAACCGUUUUCUCCAUAUAGGAUUUGCCGUUUACAAGGUUGAUGACGCAAUGCUCUACAAUCGAGUUCUUGAUUACCAAUUCUUUGCCAACCACGAAUCUGCAUCCGGAAGCCGCGCUUUCAUCAACAUCAGAGAAAACUGCCAACGUUUCCGGUUGGAGGAGGGUCGCUAUGUCGUGAUUCCGUCCACCUAUGACCCGGAUGUGGAAGGGGAGUUUCUCCUGAGAAUAUAUUGUAAAAAUCCUGAUGCAUUGUAA